GCGGCCCGAGCCGCGAGCCUGCAGUGGUAGAGCCUUUUCGUUUGCGACUCGCACGUCGGCCUUGUGCGGUUUUCGUGGUUCCCCCGCGCGUCUCCCCACUAGGUUGUGCGACCUGCGUACUGUACGGAAGGAACCCGCAUCGCGAGCCUCUGGUCAUGGACCGACCUCGGUCCACCCGGAGAGUCUCAUGAUCGCCCACGACAGGGGGCUGGGCUCCGGACAAGCCGCUUUUUCUCGGGGUCCGGAAUAAAUACGAAGUGUUUGUGCAGGUCAAACCUGCAAGAUGAUGUCCGACGAGCUGAACGUGAUUAACGACGAGGACAAAGGCCGCAAUGUCACCAAGAACAAGAUGUACGUGACGGCGGGCGCCGUUGGUGCGUGCGUCGUGGUGCUGAUGCUCCUCUCGGUCGCCUCGAUCGGGACCAAGAAGGCGAACGACGAAAUGGGAUUCGCCAACAGACAGAUCAACGUCGCCGGCAUGUGCAGAUCUCAAGCCUGCAACCAACUCAGUUCGAGGCUAAACGAGAGCAUAAGCCCCAAGGAAUCUCCUUGCCAGAACUUCUAUCGCUUUGUCUGUUCUGGGAAACAGAACAAAAUGGUAGCACAGAGGCAGAUUGCUUUGGCAGAGGGAAGUCUUGGAGCAUCCUGGGUCGCUGAAACGCUAAAAGAGUCGUUUCGUAAAGUGGAAUCCAACCCAAAGAUUCCAGUCCGGUCCCAGACGGACGCUCAAAAGUUUUUGACCUUCUAUCUGUCUUGCUACCACAGCCUGGCUCCUGGGUCUAGGAAUGUUCGAAGUCUCAAGCACUACAUGCACAUGUUCAACUUCAGCUGGCCUAAAGUAAAAAUCAACGAAGUGAGCUCAUUCGACCUUUUAGUUCGCAUGGAGCUAGACUUUAAUAUUGGGUCCUUCUUCAGGUUUGGAAUCUCCUUAAAAAGGCAGAACGCCUGGGAUUUCACACUUAAGCCGCCGAAAAUAUCGAAGUUUAUGUUUGCACCCACAAGGAAGGAAAACUAUAAGAAGUACUUGGAGAAGGUCGUCCGAACCAUGGGUGGCGGCCUCAAGCACGGUAGCAUAGUAGAUGCGAUAGCCAAAUUCGAAGAGGAGCUCUUUGAGCUGGCUGUCAUGGAAAAGAAACAACGAGUGCAUCUACGGAACUUGUCUCUGCUGACGCCUACAAUCAGUCCCGAGAUGUGGAUGGAAACGUUCAGCAAAUACUUCGUGCUGUCCAAGUUUCUGGACAACCACACCAUGGUCAUCAGCAGCCCUGAGUACUUCAGGAAGCUCUUCAACUCGCUUUCCAAGAAAGAAGGCGCUCUCUAUUUGGGGUGGAGGAUCUUCCGCUUUGGCAGCUGCUUCACAAACGAGUUCAGAGCACUUGAGGAAAGCAUGGAGAUGAACGUGGACUCAUGCAGCCAUCCCGUGAGCGAUGCCCGAGACUACUGCAGGGAGUAUGCGUCGAAGAUGAUGCUGCCGCAAAUGAUAGCAUUUGCGACAGAAUCGCUGACGAGCAAAGACGAGGUACGGUCAGUGGUCGAAAUCGCGGACAACGUGAAAAGGGAAAUUUUGAAGGGCCUCGGUUUGAACCCGUGGCUGGACAACAACACCAAGCUGACAGCCACGCAGAAAGUUCAGAACAGUCGCCUCGUUCUGCCAGAGAUCGGAUUGCGAGCGGAAAAUACCAGUGUGGCCGGGUUCCCCGACUUGGGAGCGGACUUCCUGGAAAACUGGGUGCGAGUCGUCCCGCGAGCCGGCUUUCCGGCCAGGGAGUACGAAAUCGAGGAAUCCAUGCGGAGGCUAUACGACGACCACGUAAAGUACGACGUCUACACCAACGAGCUGCACCUGCCCAUCGCUAGCACCAAGGGACCACUGUACUCUGCAGACCUCCCAGUGUCCACGAUCUACGCUGUGCUCGGAAGAGUCAUAGCGCACGAGCUUCUUCACGGACUCGACGCCCAAGGGCGCGAUAUCAACAACGGCCAGGCGCAAUCAUGGUGGAGCGAGGACUUUGCUGACGCGUACAACGCCAAGGCGGCCUGCUACGUAAACUUGUACGAAAACGUCGGCAACUACACCAACAACACGAUCCAGGAGGACAUCAUCGACAAUGCAGCAGUGAGGUACGCGUACGCUGCUUUCAAGACAGCUCUACCUUCGGACAAAGUGGCCAACGUGCUUGGCGGUUUGAGCACCUUCAGUCCGGACCAGACGUUCUUCAUGAUUCUUUGA